CCACCUUCCGCUUGGCGUCACAGCGGGGAGAGCGCCCCGGUCCGAUCCUGUCUCUCGGGCUGCGCCGCGCCGCAGGGCUUGCGCAACACGAUCUUCUUUCUUGGGAGCGCUCCCCGCUUGAGGAGCAGGAGAGGGGCGAGGGGAACCCCCGCGGACGCCCCGACCUGGUGGACCCGGCAGCGAGACGGACUCGGGAGAAAAGGUGAAUGCCAAGAGAGUGGAAGUGGAGCAGUUCCAGGUGUCCUCCAGUGAGAACCAAGUGAGCACAAAGUGAGAGAAGAGAGACUUGCAAAUCCAAUCAGGACAAAAAAGCAUCAGGGAAACCAAGUGAGGAAUGUGAGGAACCAAUCCUGCUUUUCUCAGGGUGCUGGAAAUCACAACCCUUAAUUUCAGAAGGCUGCAAAGUAAGGAAGAGGGGAAGGGAUCUCGGGUGUGGCAAUUUCCCAAAAGACAGAUGGAAAAAACACAUAAACUGUAGAAAAUCCAGAGACCAAAGACAAAGUGUGGAAUAUUAUACAAACCUCCAUGUAGGCAUGAUUUCAAAUGUGUGUAGUGUAAAAUGAUCGUCAGAAACAGCGCAAGCCUUAGUAAGCAUCGGGGAUCCCACACUUAAAGGAACCCAUAUAGAAUUAUGGAAAGUAGACAGAGCUGCAAUUCUGGUGGAAAUCUUAUUAAACAUCCAAGAAUUCACACUGGAGAGAGGCCGUAUACAUGCAUGGAAUGUGGAAAGACCUUCAGUCAAAGUGGAAAACUUUCUCUACAUCAAAGAACCCACACUGGGGAUAAGCCAUACAAAUGUGUGCAGUGUGGGAAAAGUUUCAGCCAGAGUAAACGUCUUAUGAAUCAUCAAAGAACCCACAUUGGCAAGACACUAUACAGAUGCAUGGAAUGUGGAAAGAGUUUCACUGACUGUGGAGGUAUUAUAAAACAUCAAACAACCCACACUGGGGAGAAGCCAUAUAGAUGUAUGGAAUGUGGAAAGAACUUCUCUGAAAUUGGAAGUCUUAGAAGACAUCAAAGAAUGCACACUGGAGAGAUGCCAUAUAGAUGUGUGGAAUGUGGAAAGAACUUCAGUGAAAGUGGAAGUCUUAGAAGACAUCAAAGAAUGCACACUGGGGAGAGGCCCUAUUCAUGCAUGGAAUGUGGAAUGAGCUUCAGCCGGCGAUGUCAUCUUACAAGGCAUCAAAGAUCACACACUAGUGAAAAACCUUUUAAAUGCAUGGAGUGUGGAAAGAGCUUCAAUCAAAAUAGAAAUCUUACAAAGCAUCGAAGGACUCACACUGGGGAGAGGCCUUAUACCUGCAUGGAAUGUGGAAAGAGCUUCAGCCAGAGGUAUAAUCUUAUGAAUCAUAAAAGAACCCACACCGGGGAGAAGCCAUUUAAAUGCAUUGAAUGUGGAAAGAGCUUCAGCCAGAGUGGUCAACUUACAUGCCAUCAAAGAACGCACACUGGGGAGGAACCAUUCAAAUGCAUGGAAUGUGGAAAGAGCUUCAGCCAGAGUAGUCAUCUUGCACGCCAUCAAAGAACCCACACUGGUGAAAGGCCUUUUAAAUGCAUACAGUGUGAAAAGAGCUUCACCAGGAGUGCUCAUCUUACACGCCAUCAAAGAACCCACACUGGUGAAAAGCCUUUUACAUGCAUGGAAUGUGGAAUGAGUUUCAGCCGGAGUGGUAAUCUUACAAACCAUCAAAGAACUCACACUGGGGAGAGGCCCUAUACUUGCAUGGAAUGUGGAAAGAGUUUCACUGGAAAGGGAAAUCUUAUGACACAUCAAAGAACCCACACUGGGGAAAGGUCAUUUAAAUGCGUUGAAUGUGGAAAGAGCUUCAGCUGUAGUCAUUCUCUUAUGAAACAUCAAAGAGCUCAUACUGGGUAGAGGCUAUAUAAAUGUGUACAGGAUGGAAUCAGUGUCUACCGGAGUGAUCAUUUCAUGAACCAUCAAAGGACACAUACUGACAGAAAGCCUUUUAAAUGCAUGCAAUCUGGAAGAAGCUGCCAUUUAAGUGGGAGUCUUACAACCCAUCAAAGAAUCCACACAGGAUAGAGGCCGUAUAAGUGCAUGGAACAUGCAAAGAGCUUCAGAACAGAAUCUUCAUCAUUAUCGAAGGCAUGGGAAUUUAUGGGGAGAGUGUGGCCCCAAAAAGGGAGGUCUUGAAGGUGCCAGUCUUGGUGAUGCCGCUGGUUAGCAAGGGAGGCCACUGCUGUGCAUGUGAAGAGAGUUGGUGAGCGGGCUUAGUCAUAAGACAGACCUUCACAGAAAAGGGACAGUGGUGCAAGGGGGCAAAAGGGGAUACUAGGAGGAGGUGGCAUGAUGGAGAAGGAUUCGUUGCAAGACUACGGUGGAUUAUGAGCUGAGACUUGCGAAGAAUGUCAAGAGCAACACAAAGGGCUUCUACCUUCAUGUAAAUAGGAAGAGGAAGGGGAGACAGGUGGUGGGACCCCUUAAGAGUGAGGGGAUCUGGUAACUAGUGUAAGGGAGCAGGCAUAGAUGGUAAAGUAUUAUUUUGCUUUUGUGUUUCUUCCAAAGUGGAUUGGGGGAGAUUGACCGGGGCGGUGGUGGUGGUAGAUGAAGUUGGGUUAUGGGGACACAGAUUGGGGUCACCCUCUAGAAGCCAAGGAGCUCCUCAGGGCCCUGGAUGACACAAAGGCACUGGACCCUGAUGGGCUACACUCGAGAGUAUUCAGGAAUUGGCAGAGGUGCUCUCGCAUCCAUUGCCCUACAGUUUAGGUGCCUCGUGCAAAGCAGAAGUUCCGGAGGAUUGGAGGGGGGCAUCAGCGGUUCCAGUCUUCAAAAAUGGUAGCAGAGGGGAUAUGGGGAGUUACAGGCCUGUCAGCCUCAUGUCCAUUCUCGGAAAGACAAUGCAAGGCACAUAAUGAGGAAAGCUGUACAAAUCCAGAUGGGGAUGGGAGGUUGCCAGCCACGCAGCAUGGAUUCCAUGAAAACAGAUCCUGUCAGAGAACCGUAUGGAAUUCCAGGAUAGGUCUUGAGGUGGCUCGGCAGAGGCGAUGCAGUGGAUGUAGCUUACCUGUGCACUUUAAUGUGGAAAGAACUUGAGUGUUUAUGGAAACCUUAGUGUGCCUCAAAGAAUGCACAUUGAGGAGAGGCUAUAUAAAAGCAUGGAACAUGUAAAAAACUUCAGCGAAAGUCAAAUUGCAAACCAUCCAAGAACCCACAUUGGGAAAAACCAUUGGAAAGUUUUACUCCACAUCAGAUAAUCUAAAUUGAACAGAAGCCGCACAAAUGCAAGGAUUGCAUAGUUUUAAAAUGUACAGUAUAAGUUCUAUUAAAAUAGCAGUCAGAUUUAACAAUUCAACAAACCAAACCCACAUUAUUUUGAAACUUCACUGACCUAUAAUUUCAUGGAAUCAUCAACAGCAGAAUUGGAAGGGGCCAUGAAGGCCAUCGGGCCCAACCUCCUGCUUCUGCAGGACACCAAUUUAUACUAUUCUGCUUAGAUAGCUGUCCGUCUUCUUUUGAAUGUCUCUACUGUGGGUGAGCUCAUGAUCUCUCUAGGCAACAGGUUCCACUGUUGGAUUUCCCUGACAGUGUGGAUGCUUUUCCCAAUGUCUAGCCUGAAUCUGGGUUGUCACAACUUGAGCUGAUUAUUCUGUGUCUCAAAGUCUGUUAUCAGCAGGAAGAGAUCUUGACCUUCCUCUUUGUGACAGCCUUUGAGGCACUGAGAAGGGGAUUUCAGGUCCCCGCCCCCCAGUCUUAUCUCCUCAGGUUUGCACAUUCCCAGUUUAUUUAUUUAUUUAUUUAUAAAAUUUGUAUGCCAUCCAUUACUUGUGUCUCUGGAAGGCUUACAACCUAGGUCAAGCUAAAAUAGAUAAAGUGACAAUCGCACUCUGGCAACAAAUUAAUAACAUACAAACAAUAAAAACCAGUUCCCAUUAAAGCA